AUGGCAGACGUAGAUAAACUUUUGAACGAGAUAAUAACAUCCAUAAACGCUACCAAAACAUCAGUAGAAGAAUUAAUCCAAACUACAAAAUCAACAACCAAAACUCAUCCAGAACUAAUCGACACAUUGUUAUCCAAGACAGGAACGAAACAAAUCGAAGGGGUUUCAUUAUUGUCAUUAAAGAACCAAGCAUUAGCUUCAUAUGUUACUAAUCUUGCUUUGGUAGUUUUAGGACAAAUUGAGAGAAUUUCUCAGGAUGAAGAAGAGAAUGGGGAAAAGCAUCGAUUGGAAGCCAUUAAACGAACAAUUGUUCAACGUGUCUGUCUUGAAAAAGGGGUGAAACCAUUAGAAAAGAAGAUAAAUUAUCAGUUGGAUAAGAUGGUUCGUGCAUAUGGAAGAAUGGAAGCUGAUGAAGCCAAGAUUGAAGAAAAAUUACAUCAUAAAUCUGGAAGCGAAGAUGACGAAGAUGAAGAAGAAGAAGGUGAUAAUAGUGAAGAUGAAGAAUCAGAGGAUGAUAAUUUGGCAUAUAGACCAGAUGCUGCCGCUUUGGCUAAAUUGGCACCUAAAUCAACCAAAACGAAAUCCACAUCCGCACUCACUACAGAAUCUAACGAGAAAUAUAAACCACCUAAGAUUUCUGCCAUGGCUCCACCUCUGGCAAUUAGAGAUAUUGAUGCUAAAGACAAAUCCAACAAGAAUCGUAAAUUACAAAGUAUGGAAGAAUAUCUUAAUGAACAAUCAGAUAUGCCAAGUUUGGAAGCUUCCAUUGGUUCAACUAUUGUGGAUCAUGGUAGAGGAGGUGUUAAGACUCAACAUGAUCGUAAUAAGGAAAGAGAAAUCCAAACAUAUGAGGAAAGUAACUUUAUUAGAUUACCUCAGAAUCAAACUAAGAAAUCAUUUAAACAAAAACAAAGAGACAUGGCUAAUCAAUUUGCUGGGGAAGAUUGGUCGAUAUUUAAUAAUGAUAGAUCAAUAAGUUCUACUACUUCCAGAAAAAGGAAGCCCGGUAGUGUUUGGGAUAGAGUGAAGAAAAAGCGUACUUAG